AUGAAAGAGCAAAUUCAAAGUUACUUAAAAAGUCGCGUGACAACGCUCAUUCCUCGGAAACCCUCCCUGGCUGAGUUGAGACGCGGUGCUAAUCCCAUUCCGGCGUUGAGGGUAAUAAACUACAAACAAUGGCUUUUUAUCUUGAGUGCGUUUGCUACUUUUACUUGGGAAGCCUUCGAUUUUUUCACAGUAAGUCUUAACGUCAAGAAACUAUCGCAUGACUUUGGCGUUCCGGCAAAACAGAUCAGCUGGGGUAUGACGAUUGUGUUGAUGCUUCGUAUCGUUGGUGCUGUUCUGUUUGGCUACAUCGGCGACAGAUAUGGAAGAAAAAUUUCAUUUUUAAUUAAUUUGACGCUGAUGAUGGUGCUGGAAAUUAUCACUGGUUUUAUCAAGACCAAUUUCAAACAAUUUUUGGCCGCAAGAGCGAUCUUUGGCAUAGUUCUGGGAGGUAUCUUCGGUAACAGUGCAGCGCAGUGUUUCGACGACUGUCCAGCUGAAGCCCAUAGCUUUAUAAGUGGUUUUUUUCAGCAAGGUUAUACGUUGGGUUACCUUCUCGCAGUAAUCUUCACGCGUGCAUUGGCUGACACGACCAAACAAGCAUGGAGAUCUUGUUUCUGGUUCGCCUCUGGCAUCACAUUUUGUCUCAUUGUUUUCCGUGCGUUGCUACCAGAGACGGACGCGUUUAUCAGAAGCCAAAAAGAGAAAGCCGAGAACAACGACAAUAGCACUAUCAAAGACAUUGCUGUCGCGUUCAAACGGCACUGGAAUAUGGUGAUUUACAUGGUGUUAGUGAUGGUAGGUUUCAAUUAUUUAUCUCACGGCACUCAGGACUUAUUUCCAACUAUGUUGACCAACCAGCUAGGCUUCUCUAGCAACAGUUCAACGGUGACCAACUGUCUUGCCAACAUUGGGGCUAUUUUCGGCGGCCUAACCAUCCCACACCUGGCUAGGGUCACGUCGCGCCGUUUUGUGAUUAUUGUAUGCAGUCUAUGUGCUGCGUGUCUGAUCUAUCCAUGGGGUUUCGUUCACAACAACUCCAUCAACGCAUCUGUCUUUUUCAUGCAAAUGUUUAUUCAAGGAGCUUGGGGGCUGGUCCCAUCGUACCUACAUGCACUUGCGCCGGAUCACAAGACCAAGGCCUUCUAUGUCGGUAUUUCCUAUCAAUUAGGGAACCUUGCCAGUAGUGCUUCGUCCACAAUCGAGAGUUCUCUGAGCGAAAAAUACCCUCUUUAUGACGAGAAUACGGGUCAGACAGUUAUGGACUAUGGGAAAGUCAUGAGCAUUUUGGUUGGUGCAGUCAUAGGGUACUUAGUUCUCGUUGUCUUCCUAGGAACUGAAGGCAGAAGUUUAACUGAUGGCGUUGGCGAAACUUGCGAUGCCAAUAAUGAAGAGAAGUUAGAAUCAGGAAGUUUGAGUGAUUCUGGUUACGGAAUGAAAGAGGAAGGCGUGGUGCUACAGCUGUCUCAUCAAGAUAAUUCAAGUGAAGAGACAACAGUCUGA